UUUUAUGCAAUAGGCUUCAGGUGUAAGUAAACACUCGGCAAUGAGACACACCCACCAUACACACACCCUACAGUAAGAAAACACACUCCCUUCCUCCUUGCAGCAUUCGUGUUGACGGACCAGAGUCCACGAAUAAAGCACCUUUACACUUGCAGCACCAACAGCACAUCAGCAGACCUUGUGAGCCCGCAGCCGCAUUCCUGCAGCUUUUGUUCAGACAUGUCACGCUACACUUUUGGUCUGGAGCCUCUCUCCUGCCACACCUGGAAUAAAGACAGAACACAGAUCGCUGUGAGCCCCAACAACAAUGUGGUGAACAUUUAUGAGAAGAAAGGAAAAGAAUGGGUGAAGAUCCAUGAGCUGAAUGAACACAGUGGCCGAAUCACCGGAAUUGACUGGGCACCCGUGUCCAAUCGUAUUGUGACUUGCGCAUCUGACCGCAAUGCCUAUGUGUGGACCCUGAAGGACGGCUCGUGGAAGCCCACCCUGGUCCUGGUGCGCAUCAACCGUGCAGCCACCUGUGUCAAGUGGUCACCUUUGGAAAAUAAGUUUGCCCUGGGCAGUGGAGCUCGUCUCAUCUCCGUCUGCUACUUUGAGAAGGAGAAUGACUGGUGGUUGAGUAAGCACAUCAAGAAGCCCAUUCGCUCCACGGUUCUGAGCUUGGAUUGGCAUCCCAACAACAUUCUUUUGGCAGCCGGCUCUGCAGACCUUCACUGCAGGAUUUUCUCCGCCUACAUCAAGGACAUUGAGGACAAGCCCGGGCCCACUGCUUGGGGGGCCAAAAUGCCUUUUGGGGAGGUGAUGUUAGAGAAGAAGGACUGUGGAGGCUGGGUGCAUAGUGUCUCCUUCUCCCCCAGUGGAGACCAGCUGGCCUGGGUGGCCCACAACAGCAGCAUCAGUGUGGCCGACGCCAGCAGCGGGAAGCAGACAACCCAGCUGACCUUGGAGAGUCUUCCACUGCUAAGUGUCCUCUACGUCAGCCCCACUCACAUCGUUGCUGCCGGACACGACUGUUGUCCCUACCAGUUCACCUACAAAGGAGCAGGUGCUCUAGAAUUUGUAAAGAAACUGGACAUUCCCAAGCAAUCUUCCAAAGCCGGCAUUUCGGCCAUGCAGCACUUCCGUAACCUGGAUAAGAAGGCAACUGAUGACAACACCAACGAGUUGGACACCCUGCACCAGAACAGCAUCACGCAGCUGUGUGUGGUAAAGGGAACAGACCAAGUGGACAAGUACAGCAGUGUGGGUCUGGAUGGAGCCAUGGUCAUCUGGGAUUUCAAGAACUGAGGCAAAGACAGUUGUGGUCACACAAGGAAUACUACUGCAAGACUUCUGUGCUGUGGAUUACAAUUGGAUAUUAGAUUAGAAGUCUUGUCAUGUAUUUGUCAAUAAAAAUGUUUUUUGUCAUA